AUGGGGCAGCGCCUCACCACGUCGCGUGACGACAGCGACGUCUUGCCGGACGUCCCCCCUCCCCCGCCCUCCCGCUCUCCUUCUCCCACCUCCGUCUCCUCCUCCCCUUCUGCGCUCUCCACCGCCACUCUCCAGCAGCCAGCACCUGCCCACCACGAAGAGCUCGACACGUGCGCGCACUCGACCGACGUGCACGCGACGCCGUCCAGAGACCAAGAGCCGUCGGUCCACCACCAGCCGUCGCCGUCCAGCAGCGACCAAGACGGCACGUUCACGCACGUCAAGACCGCCUCCUUGAAGUCCUGUCCGUCCCCCUCGCGCCCUGCCAAGCCUGACGACGACGCGCAGCUGCUCACCAGACGCGGCUCCAUGGCGCCACCCAAACUAGCGCGUUUCCGGCCGUCCAUGGACAUGGCCAAGUCGCUGUCGGUCGCCAACGACGAGUCGAGCUCGGACUCGCGAUCGCUCGACUCGAGCUCCAGCUCCUCGGACGAAGACCUCGUGGGCAGCGGCGAUGAGCUCGUGAACGACUGGCUCGACGAGCCUGAAGACGCGGUGCUGUCGCCUCCGUCGCUGCCGAAACGCGCUCGACACGCGAGCGCUUGCUCGUCCGUCUCGUCGCACACUGGAAACAUCAGCGUGUCUUUCUCGGCAAUGCACAGCAGCGGCGGACGGAACAGCAACAGCAGUCAGCACAGUAUGACCGGCUGGGCGUCCUGGCUCAGCUCGCCCGAUGAUGUCGAGGAAGAAGACGACGCGGACGACGAAGCUGUGGCGCUCACGCCCUUUUUACGGGAUAAUAUGCCCGUGUACGAGAUCAUGAGACAGGUGCAGCUAUUCCGGAACUUGAGCCAGAUGCAGCAGGAGCAGGUCGUGCGAGCGCUCAAGCCCGCCAAGUUCUCGGACGGUGACGUCAUUGUCGCACAAGGCACACGAGGCUCACGGUUCUACAUGAUUGCCAAGGGAGAAGCUGUGGUGACUAAGACUGUCGCCACUAGCAGCAAUAGCAUCACUGGCAUAACGCCGUCGAGUGCAGGUCCAACACAAGAGCGCAUGAUGACUCAUUUACGAGCUGGCCACUACUUUGGUGAGCUCGCACUGAUUUACGACGACCCGCGGACGGCUACAGUGCGCGCAAUUGGCGAUGUUGAGCUGCUAUAUUUGACACAAGAAGAUUUCCGGCACAUUGGACAGGUGCACCUGAGUCUUAUGCUGCAACAAGUACCGUUGCUGGCGAGAUUGAGUCCGCAAGAUCAAGACAUUGUGCUCAAGUGCUUGCGACCUGCAAAUUUUAGCGAUGGGGAGUACAUUGUCCGCCAAGGAGACGAAGGGACUCGUUUCUAUAUGAUUACGCGCGGCGAAGCGAUUGUGUCGGAAACGGGUGUUGGACCCGAUAAGAAGUCGUAUGAAAAGGAACUGACGCGACUGUACGAGGGGCACGUUUUUGGCGAAAUGUCACUGAUCUACAGUGAGCCGCGCACUGCUUCGGUUCGUGCGGUCGGACCCGUCAAGUGCUUGUACUUGACUAAAGAGGACUUCGACAAGUGUCUCUUGUCCGACCAUUUCCAGCGCUUUAUCCAGGAGGCAUAUGUGGAAAAGGCCACGCGUCGCGCUAUGCGACUGCGACUACAACAGCGAGCGAACAGUGUGGGUUCUUCCGCUCCCCAGGGAGGUUCUAGAGCUGAUAGUGUAUUGAGUUCCACCGUAGUACCUCAGCCUGCGCCCGCGUCACCUGUAAAAGCGACUGAAACGAGAAAACUUGUCAAGCACCGGCUAAAAAACGGCGAAGUUGUGGUUAACAAGUAUGUGAUCAAGGGCGAUUUAGGUCGAGGCACAUUUGGUCGUGUCAAGCUAUGUGAAAGCCAGGAGGACGGCCAGAUGUACGCUGUGAAAAUCAUGCACAAGACUUUCGUACAGCGUAUGGCUGGAAAAGAAGACCAGCUCUAUGACGUGCUGCGCCGCGAGGUGGCCAUAAUGAAAAAGCUACAUCAUCGUAAUGUCGUGAGGCUUGUGGAGGUCAUUGACGAUCCGAACAGCCAGAAGAUGUAUCUCGUGCAAGAAUAUGUGCAACACAGCCUUAUGGAGGAAGUUACACAAGCACGGCGUCUGAAUGAAAUGGUUGCUCGAAAGUACAUGCGCGAUCUUCUUACCGGGCUUCAGUAUCUGCACUUCCACAAGGUGAUUCACCGUGACAUCAAACCAGAAAACAUUCUCGUCAGCUCCGACAGCGUGGCUAAAAUCGCCGACUUUGGUACAGCACGUAUGAUCAUGAACGAUACUGAGACUAUCUCAGGUGCAAAGGGCACCCCUGCCUUCAUGGCCCCAGAGAUGUUUGAUAUCGAUGCUACCUACCUGGGUCCUGCUGUGGAUGUGUGGUCACUCGGAGCUACUUUGUACAUGAUGGUUAUCGGACACCCUCCGUGGAUGGCGGAUAAUGAGAUUCUUCUGGCAGAACGUGUGCAGCGCGUGGAGUUGCGCUUUCCGAAGGAUGUGGAGCGCACGAUGGAGCCGCAUUUGAAAAACUUGCUGCAGCGUAUGCUUACAAAGGACCCGGCCUUGCGAAUAAGUUUAAAGGAGUGCUUCACGCACGAUUGGAUUAGUAAAGAAGGUAGCGAUCCACUUGGCCUGAUGACACCGGAGAAGAAUCUCACAGUAUCGAUGGAUGAAAGUGAGCGUGCCAUUGAGAACAUACCUGAGCGUAUUGACAAGCGGCUAACGGAGAGUCUUGCGCAAGCGCAUCAGUUGGUGAAGGAUCGUCAGGAAGGUGGUGGCUCCGGUCUAUCGCGCACGAAUAGUGGCCGCUUCGUUUCUAAUAUGCCUGUAGCGGGAUCAAUGGGCUCACGCAUUCCGUCGGCGGCGUCGAAUACAUCGUCCGUGGCCACAGUUGGUAGCACUUCGUCGACAAGUGCGAGUCGCGCAUCAAAUGAUGAAGUAUCGCAUAUAAUUUGUGCGUGGCGCCACCACAAACGUGUGCAGCUGAUGGAUGGUCACAAAGAGCUGUCGGAGCGCUCCCGCGAAUUGUUGAUUGAGCAGAAGCGCAUGGCAUUUUCGGCGGCUCGGGCUAAGGUGACGGAGAUUAUUCUCCCGGCGGCGAAACCUACUGCUCGCAGCCGCUACCCAAGUGUGUCGUCGUCCACGUCACUUCGGCAAGUAAAUGAACAGUCUGUUCUGUCGUCAUCGUCAUCUGUUUCGUCAAUUCCUGGUGGGGACCGCGACACGUCUUCCUUUGACUCACCUAGGACACGUCAAUUUCCAUCUGGACGAAGUGCGUCCGUAGACAACUCUUUAUUGGUGAAAAAGAACAGUUUCCAGAGUCGAAUGUGCAAGGAUUCAGGCAAUCUGGAAGGCUUUGGGCGUACGUCGUUUACGUCAGUGUCACAGCUGUCCGAAUUUGCAGCUAUCCCUGUCGAAGACAAUGUAGACCAGCGAGAAAGCUUGUCGUCGUCUUGUGUAUCAGGAAGCACUGGGCGCAUAAGCAACGAUCUGUCUACUACUGGAUCGUCGGAUGCUGACUUGAUGAAGCGGUCGCUUUCGCGUAAGAGAGAUUUCCUCAUGGUUACAUCAGAAGUGUUUCGUGACGAGGGGGGCGACUAUCAGACCCGUAAGAUUCUUUUCCAGGCACGUGACGACGACUUUUCCGUGGCUUCGCGGGUACCGACUCACUCAAACUCAGGGCGCGAGUUGCUUCCACCUGGCCGUGCAGGCUCAACAAGCUCAUCAUCCUUGAGUCAAAAGCCUAAAAAAAUGGGAAGUGCCGGAAAAAUAGGAAGUGCUAGUAAAUUGGGCAGCACAGGAAGUGGCAGUGCGUUGGGGAGUGCAAUGGGAAGUGCAUUGGGAAGUGCGAUGGGAAGUGCAAUAGGUAGUGUGCUAACCAGACGCAGUGUAAGUCGUCAUUCCUUGAACGGAAGUGCUAGCUCAGUCAGCAGUUCGUUACCGUCUGUAGCUACGGAAGACAGCAACGUGGAAGAGUUUGAUAUGGAAGGCAUUGACUGCGUCCAGGUAAUGGAGAUCGACGAUGAGGACGACGAUGGUAUUGUGAAUGGCGGGACUUCACGCAAUGGCAGUGAUUCUUCGUCGCGACAAUUUCGCCACCGCGCAAGUGUUAGCAGUCGUGCAAGCAGCAGUCACAAUCACAGUCACAGCGCUGGUAUGGAAAGUCUUUCUGACGCAAGUAGUGACUCGGAUGGUUCCGAUUACUCGGAUGUGGAGUGCGAUGUGGACGUCGACGCAACUUUUAGCGAUCUUAUUGCGACACCCAACCAGCUCGAUACGAUUGGUCAAGAUGACGAGGAAAUUGCGCCCAUCGCCUUGACUCGACACGCAGCAACGUCCGUGAUCGAGUCAUCGGAUGUAGACAACUGCGACGACAUUCUUGCUUUCAGGUCGCCGGGAUCAGAUACCUCGGCUCCGAUGGCCGCAUCUACGCCCGUAUGCGUACCGCCGAUGGAUAUUGUGCAGGUUUACGUGAGCAGCAAAAUUCGUGAAAAUCUUACGCUCGAGAUUCGGUCAGGUUACGCAGAGGCGAAAGGGGCUCGAUCAUACAUGGAAGACCGCAGUAUCGGUCAGACGACUUGUGACCUGUCUCGGUACCCAGCUGCGCUUGCGAACAAUUACGCCUCACUGGCAUUUUUCGCGGUACAUGACGGUCACAAUGGCACCGAUACGGCUGUGAAAUUGCAAAAUGAGUUGCACCAUCGAUUCUUUGCUGAAGGCGCUAGUUUUGUCGAGUCCCCUUUAUCUUGCAUCUCGUCAGUGUGUGAGGCAGUGGACAAUGAAAUCUUAGAACAACAGAACCAGAGCGUACUCCCUAAACGCAAACGUACAAUGGCAGCCGAGGAACUGCAACGAUAUCUUAGGGGCGAAGUCACCGAAUCAAGAAUGGUGGGAGACGAGUGCUGCGAGAUUGACGGCAAAGUUGUGUGUGGAGACGAGAUGAAAGCCUUGCUGCAACCGAUUUCGUUCUCUGGAGCUGCAGGUGUUUUAGCUGUGGUGGCGAAGCGACGCAAGAAGCGUCGACGUGCUUGUGGGGCUAAGGAAAAUGACGCGGAAGCUGUAAGCAAAGCCAGUGAGGAAGAUGACAAUGAAGUGGAGAAAGAUGGGGACCAGCCCACUAUACUUUAUGUGGCCAACGUGGGUGACUGCCGUGCUGUUUUGUGCACCGCAGACGCUGUAGCAGUCGACUUGACGACGGACCACAGAGCAUCUUUACCGGCUGAACGAGCGCGAAUUGAGGCAGCAGGUGGGUUCGUGCACAACGGCCGUCUGGACGGCAUUCUUCAAAUCUCGCGCGGCUUCGGCGACCUGGCGCACAAACAGGAUGGUCAUCUAGUUGUGACUCCUGAUGUGAGUGAGCACGUCGUGGACCCAUCGGACCAGUUCUUGCUGCUCGCAAGUGACGGACUGUUUGACGUUCUCACUUCGCAGCAAUCUGUGAAUUUUGUAUUGCGGAAACUUCAGACCCACGGUGACGUCCAGCUAGCAGCGCAAGAGCUUGUGCUCAAAGCGCAAGCAUACUUCGCCCACGAUAACAUUAGCGUGAUCAUUGUGGCGCUGAAUCAAAAAAGUGACGCGUGA